CUACGUGCUAAAGUAAGAGAAUUAUAUAAAAUCUUUGCGUACCACAUAAUAAUUCAGAGUUUUUAGGUUUAUUGCAGACAGGAAACAAUUUCGCUUCAAGGGUAAAUUCACAGAAAUUAUUUUGUUAUGUAUCAUUUUACUACGUUGUGAAAAUCCUUCAUACACAACAGCUGAUGUCGGCUAUGAAAAUGACAUAAAUUAAUCCGAUGAACAACUUUAUCUGCUCUGAAGCACAUGUUGGCAGUGUCGCGAGAUUUGCUAAGCUUUCAAUGACCGAAAAAACGUUCUCGACUGCAAUCGUUUUAAGUGAUUAAUACAAUGAAAUAAAACAAAGAGAGAGGUGAUCAUUGAGUGGUCUGCAAUCACGCACAAGUCAUCAGCAACAGUGGGCAAUAAAUCAGAGAAGCUGACAUCAAAUGAUGUCUUAGACAGUCCUCCAAGACUGAGACCAUGAGAAUGGAGCGCGCCUUGUCGGAUCGAUAGACCCGCAGCAAACUGCACUCUUUUGGCGUGAUGGUAGCCAGGGCUGCUAGAACUUUUCCAUUUGAUACAAGUCUCGAUCUAAGUAAUGCCACUUCCUUAUUAACAGUUGUUAUAAUGGGAUAUUGCUUUAUCAGGUUCAAGCGGGUGUUUCAUUAAAGCCUUCCAGGUAUUUCACGUGUUGCUGGUAUCGAGCGAAAUAUAAUAAUUGCAUACGCGCAGUCCAUUGUCACGCCGGUUACUGAGGUGAACCUCUCUUCAUUAAUGAUCUGUCACUGCAGGAACGGAUGAAGAAAAAAGGUGAAGAGGAUGGUCAGACACUGACCAAUUAUGACCUCAAGUCAAAUUGAUCCAGACAAUCAAAAAAUAAAGCUGGCCAUCUUAGGAGCUCCAGGGGUGGGAAAGACCUCUAUCGCUAAACAGUUUGUCCACAACUAUUUCACGGAAGACUACGAGCCCACGGACCAGAGAGAGCUGUACUAUCCCUCCAUUAUCAUCAACGACCACCUGUAUGACCUCAAAAUCAUCGACUGUCCCUACAUUCCCUAUUUCCCGGUGAACUCUCUCUACGAAUGGACGGAUUUCCGCGGCUAUGGACUCAGGAACGCGACCGCGUACAUUCUCGUGUAUGAUAUCACAUCGGAAGACAGUUUCCAGUACAUUAAAACAUUGCGUGAACAAAUUCUGGAGAGCAGGAACAUGCACGAUGUUCCAAUAUUUGUUGUGGGAAACAAACAUGACUUGGCGGACGAGAGGGGAUUGUCCCGGCGAGAGGUGGCCAAUGUGGUCAAGAAACAGUGGAAGUGUGGGUACGUGGAAUGUUCGGCCAAAUUCAAUUGGCAUAUUAUUCUGUUGUUCAAGGAACUAAUGAAGACGAUAGAUUAUAUUGAUCAUGGACAUAAACCCACUUCCGUCCGGGUACAGGCCGCACUCAGAAGAAACCGGUGCGUUAUUCUGUAGAAACAACGAUCUCUCGUGCUUUGUUGUUGCCAAAAUAACACGUUCAAAUGCUGCGAAAGCUAAAAUAACAUUCGUCAAUUGGGAAAUAAAUUUCCGCAGAAUCAGGGUCUGGUCUUUGAAGCUUAGACAAUGAGAAAACGUCAGAAGACUUAGGCGGUCGCACUGAAGUAAACAUUUGAAUGCAGUGCUUAUUCCAAUUAAAUUGUACCGUUUGUUAAAAAAAAAGUGUUUUGUUCUUAGGUUAUUUUCUAGGAAGGAUGAUCUUUUGAGAGAAAACAGAGAUAAGACGGUGAUUGGCAUGGGCUUCUUUCUGACGGAAGCAAACAUGAAACGUUAAAUGAGAAACUCCAUGGUAAAUAUUUAUAAUCUUCUUCAGCUUCGUGUGUAUAGCCACAUUGGUAUAUUAUAGAUCUUCAAUUUGAUAGCGAGUGUACUUCGGGUUUUACAAUAUUCCUAUGUAAUGCUAUAAUGAAUAAUUCCCCCUUUAACAAGAUAAAUGAAUGAUAUAUAUCAUAUUGCCAAAAAAAAAAAUCAACCAGGAAGACUAAUAUUUUCAUGUUCGCAUAGUUUUAUUAUUUUUUUUUAGAUUAUAUGGAUUUCUCCGAUUAGAAAUGCAAUCAUCUUUUUCAAACUUGUGAAGGUUAAAAGUUAACAAUUGAUUGCAUUACAUGUAACUGGGUCUCAACAUAAUUUCGAAUGAGAGGGGUAGAACACAACUGGAAUUUUAUUUCCAUCAGGACCUUUCAAUGACAUUUGCUGUGCUUAAUCCGUGUAUUGAUUGCCGUAUAGCGAGGUGUUUAAUGAAAUUCCUAUAGCUUAAUAUAGUUUGUCAUUUAUUUAAAAGAGAUCGUUUUCAGCAAACCAAUUCACGACACCGGUAUUAUUAUAAGAUAAAAUAUGAGCAAAAAUUUCCAGAUACACCGUCAAUCAUUCAAUUAUGAAGAAUCAUAAGAGAUAUGCAUACUCUGACGAGUACAAGUUUCAUCAUUCUUAAAAAUGAAAUGAGACUAGUAUAUGUAAAUAUUCGAUUGCAUUCUCCAUAUAAUGACAUUACAAGAAAUUAAAGAAUGUCUGACUAUUGUUAUUUAUGAAAGCAGUAGACGGAAAUAUUGCUACUUUAUCAAAAUGAGACAACCUGUUUACUAUUUAGAUGGAAAACGCGAAGAGUAACUUUGGACAAGGAAUUUUUCGGUGAUUGAUCUUGAAUAUAUGCUUAAAUCUGUUACAUGUAUUUUAACAGAACUGUGUUCGAUGUUUUCUUGAAGAAACACUACUUGAAAAAACAAUUUUAUGUUCAUUAAGAUGGCAUCUUUAUCACAUAGAUGUUAUAGAUGCUACAGUGUACGAAUUAGUUUAAAAUUAAUUAUUUUUCGGGAGGGGUGGAAGUUGCAAUCACAUUCAUAAAACAUAUGUAGAUUUUUCAAGUUUCCUAUGAAAAAAUGAAUGUACAUGUAUAUAAAGAAAAUCGAAAAAACGAAGGAGAAUUUCUUUUCU